UUUUAAAAGUAUUUUUGAAUCACCCUAAUAGAUGAUGAAAGCAUUGUGACAUCAACUGGCCCUGAAAAUGGCACAAUAGUAACAUAACCAUUAAGCGAGAAGCGUUCUCAGGAAGUCUUUCUUUGUUGUUUAUCAUCUGCCUUCAUCAGUGGUUGUUGCGUGAGACUUUUGUUCUUGUCGUAUUUGUUUGUUGUUGAAAGUACAAUGCAAGACCAGACUACUGCAUAUCUCAUUAAGUGUGGAUACUACUAGUUUAGUUCUGUUUUAACAAAUAUCUUGCAACCAAUACCAUUGCGUUAUAAAUUAAGUAUUUUGGAUUUUGACAUUUCUUUGCUUCACUCCACAGCAACUAAAGGACAGAUGGAAAAAGGCAAAGUGUUUCUUUCACUAUUAAUUGUCAGUAUUAUUGGCAUUCUAGUUUUAGUGCACAUGAACGGUGAUACAUAUUACAUACAAGCUCCUACAGCAAUAAAAGCUCCUCUGUCAAAUAAUAAAUUCAAAAUCCUGGAAGCUUCAUAUCCAAUAACAGCCAUUAGAGACUCUGAGCAUUUCAUGGUGUCUGCCUUUAUCGACCACAGACUGAAUGGGGUCAUUCGAGUCAUCAGCAUAAUCAACAGAAACCGUCUUCAGCCGCUUUACUGUGUUUACUGCAAUGCUGAACAACUCUGCAAAACUGUUCACACUGAGGUCCAGAUACACAGCGACCAUUUUAGCUUCCCCUAUGGUGCCUCAGAUGUGAUUUGUAAAGGUAAACCCAUGACUGAUGCAACUCAUGUCCUCAUAACUGUCAAGAAAGAUUUAGCUGACCUCAAAAUGGAAUAUCUGCCAAUAAAAAAUAAGGCUGUACAAGAGACUUUCAAGUUUAACUUCACUGUUUGCAUCUCUAACCUUUUUGGUGACUACAACAAUGUACUGCAGUUUGCUCAAACGAUGGAGAUGUACAAGCUUCUGGGAGUACAGCAUGUGGUCAUCUAUAACACUAGUAGUGGACCAGACUUGGAGAAGCUCUUAAAACAUUAUGAAAUGGAGGGGAUACUGGAGAUCGUUCCAUGGCCUAUCGACCAGUUUCUGAACCCUUCUUCAGGUUGGAACAUCAAGCUACACAAGGGAGACAUUCAUUAUUAUGGUCAGUUAGUAACACUCAACGAGUGCAUUUACAGGCACAUGUACCAGUCAAAGUACGUUCUCCUGAAUGACAUUGAUGAAAUCAUCAUGCCUUACAAACACGCCAGUUUACAAUCUCUAAUGGGGGACCUCCAGUCUGCUCAUCCCAGUAUAGGAGUGUUCCUCAUUGAGAACCACAUAUUCCCUAAAACACAGUUUGAGGAGAGUAGGAAGUUCAAACGAGCAGUAUGGAAUAAUAUCCCAGGUGUCAAUAUCAUGGAGCACAUCUACAGAGAACCAAGUCGAAAAAAUAUUUACAAUCCCACAAAGAUGAUAGUCAACCCAAGGAAGGUGCAGCAAACUUCAGUACACUCCUCUUUGAAACACUUUGGAGGCAGUUUCCAUGUACCGUUUAAUGUAUGUAGGAUUGUACACGUGAGAGUCCCGCUGCAGGGGCAUCUUACCAAAGAGCAACUCAUUGUAGACAAAAGAGUCUGGGACUUUGAGCAAGAACUGAUACACAACAUUGACCACACUUUGAAACUUUCUGGCUUCCUGAAGGCUUCUGUUUGAUAUCUUUGUAUAGUAUUA